AGCUUUUCCAGCUCUACUCAGCAGGGGGCCAGGGUCCUCACUUUAUAAGCAUCUCCAAGCCGUGAGAGCAGAGGGCAGGAGAUGGUGUGAGACAGGAGCCCAGGGGAAAAGACAGAAACUUAGACUGAAGGAGAGAACGAAGAGAAGCCAAGGAGACAAGACCGAGUAGCCUGGACGGAAGCCGAGAAGGGUCUGCAAAGGCUGUGCGACAGGAAUGGCCCUAAGAAUGCUCUGGGCUGGACAGACUAAGGGGAUCCUGAGAGGCUGGGGGAUCAUCUGCCUGGUGAUAUCGCUGCUCCUCCAGCACCCAGGAGUCUACAGCAAGUGCUACUUCCAAGCUCAAGCCCCCUGCCACUAUGAAGGCAAGUAUUUUACCCUGGGAGAGUCUUGGCUCCGCAAGGACUGUUUCCACUGCACCUGUCUGCAUCCUGUCGGUGUGGGCUGCUGCGACACGUCCCAGCAUCCCAUCGACUUCCCUGCUGAGUGUGAGGUGCAACGGGAGGCAGGAACCUGCCAAUUCUCCCUGGUGCAAAAAUCUGACCCUCGGCUGCCCUGCAAAGGGGGAGGGCCUGACCCAGAGUGGGGCUCAGCUAACACCCCUGUUCCUGGGGCUCCUGCUCCCCACUCCAGCUAA